AUGAGCAAGUUCUGGGCCGCAAGCGACAGCGAUGGCGAUAGCGACAGCGAAUCGUCGCAUGCUGAGAGAAAUGAGGACUCGUCUGUUGACUGGGAUGAUGAUGACUCGGAAAAGGACCUGUUAGAAGACAGAGCCAACUUAAGAGCGCCUCUCUGUAACACGAGAAUUGAAGAGGCAGAACGUAGCGACCAAGGCGCAUUAACCAAUUUCGAUGAGAAGUUUGCGGCCCAAUCAGCACUGACUGAUGCCAAGGAUGACCCUCAUGAUCCCAAUUUGAUCUGGAAGGGUAUCCGAAAAGACCAAGUCUUUGCUCCAGUCCCGACAACAGAUUCAUCCUGCGAUAGGGAUCCCAAUGUCACUAGAUUUGUUUGUAUGAGCGACACACAUGCCAGACACCGAGAUAUACCAUUCUUGCCCAGAGGCGACGUCUUUAUUCAUGGAGGAGAUUUUACGAAAUCUGGUGAGAUUGGUUCCGUCCAAGACUUGAGUUUAUACUUUCUGGAGCACUCUGGAAAGUUUCAGCACAUCUAUGCCAUUGCUGGCAACCAUGAGCUUACAUUUCAACCGGAUUUCUACCAGACAGCUCGGCGUAAGCACAAACCAAAGCCAUUUGAUCCACACGAAACGCGGGCUGCUCUGAAGAACUGCACCUACUUGGAAGAUGUCAGCAUUUCCAUCAGCCUGAAUGGCGGGAGUGAUGGAAUAGAGCUGUAUGGCUCACCCUGGACUCCAGCAUUUUAUGAUUGGGCAUUCAAUCUACCCCGAGGCGAAGCAUUGGAUGAUAUGUGGUCCAAAGUGCCGGCAACAACGGAUGUCCUAUUGACCCACGGUCCGCCCCUGGGGAGAGGCGACUACACGGAUCAUUCGGGGCGUGCUGGCUGUCAUGAAUUGUUGCAACAUGUCCAAAAUCGCAUACGGCCGCGUCUCCAUAUCUUUGGUCACAUUCACACGAGCCACGGGUAUUCCUUUGAUGGCCAUACGCUCUAUAUCAAUGCGUCCAACUUGGACUCGGAGACGGAGAUUGCCUCUCGGCCGUGCAUUGUGGUGGAUUUGCCACAUGACAAGUCACUUCCCGCCAGGAUUGUCAAACCCUGUUGCCGUCAUGUGGAGACCAUCGGGAAACUUGUGUCAUGGCUAGAGGAAAAGGGAUACAAUGGCGUGGUGGACCGUGUCUCUCCGUCUCUCAAGAACGAUCCGAAUUGGUGCCAGCAAUCUGCACCGUUUCCAGCCGCAUUCUUCACUGGUGGGCCAGAGUACUUUGAGCUGUGCGAGACUCUGGGCCUCUAUCGUGAUCCAAAGCCACGAGAAGAUUUGAGGGUGGCUGUGUGCCAGCUCUACGCAGAGUGUUUUGAAUGA